AUGUCUCCGGACGCUCUCUCUUCUUCCUCCUCACCUUCAUCGGCACCGCCAGAGCUGUCGGGACGUCCGCCGGAUAUUCCUAUAUCCAGCACAAAAGUAGGUAGCACAUUCGUCUCCACCGCCAGGACCCAACCUCUCAACUUUAAAGCGGCGCUGGCAGGCGGCAUUCAAAACACAUCAAGAAAAGCGACGCAAUGGACAUUCGUUGGGGAAGAUGACAUCGAAACAGGGCUCUUCCAAGGAGAGCCGGAGCUGAGAUUAUCAAGCAAAUUCAAGGAAAAGCUCUGCCAGCCUUGGAAAAAGACUCUCAUUGUCCGACUGCUGGGACGCUCAAUCUCAUAUUCCUACCUCUGUUCUCAGCUGCGAUGGAAAUGGAAGCCGGUGGGAUCCCUCGAAAUCAUAGACCUGAACAACGACACGUUCUUGGCAACCUUUGGGGAGGAUCAAGACUACCUGAAAGCUCUCACAGGGGGGCCUUGGGUCAUUCUCGAUCACUAUCUGUUAGUGCAUCAAUGGACACCUUCUUUUCGUACAUCAGACAAACCACACAAAUCAGUUGUUGCUUGGGUACAGUUUCCAGAGCUGCCGGUUCAUUUUUAUCACAGAGAGUUGAUGUUCGCUAUUGGUAACCUAGUCGGCAGAACCGUGAAACUCGAUUACCACACUGAAAACCUGGAAAGAGGAAAAUUUGCGCGCAUGGCCAUUGAGCUGGACAUGACGAAUCCCCUACCAACUCGAAUCCGGUUAGAUGGUGAUUGGCAGCAGAUCCUCUACGAAAAUAUACCUACAAUAUGCUACACAUGUGGAAGAAUAGGCCAUACCGAGGGAGUUUGCCCUGAGCGACAAUCAGCGCUCCUUCCUGCCCCUGCGAUAGGAGUGGCGCAACUCGUAAGCUCACCGCCGGCGACAGCGAUAUCAGAAACACCGGCCGGAUACGGGCCGUGGAUGCAAGUCGUCCGCAAAGCUCGUCGUCAGAACAGGAAAAUGGCUGCUAAUCAGGCGACAAUCUCGGGAACCGCGAAAGGGAAGAAACAGGAAUCGCUCCGAGAUGGUGGUAUCACAAAAGGAAAGCAAAGUUUGGAGCAACUCAACGGUAACGGAGGCACUAAGGGAAAGUCGGAUCAACAGGGGAAUCAGGGGAGUCAUUUGGGGAAAACAGUGGAUGGUAAGAAGGCGAUCGGCGAGGGUAAAACAACAGCUAUAACAAAGGAAUGGAGACCUAUUGGGCCUCACACCAAGGAGGCCUCCACUAGCAAGGAGCCCAAAAAAGUGGAAAUAAACACCACGCUGACAUCUUCCCACCAGCCCACGUUACAAUUAAGACAAGUUCUUAAUGGCCCAAACAACACCAAGAUACAAAUCGUGGAAGUGCCUGAUCUUAAUCUCGAGCAGAAGGAAAAUGUCAACCCCAACAAGCAGGGAGAUUCCACCAUUCGAAACCACUACCACAGGAAAAAACCAGAGCAUGCCCCUCAAUCCAAGGGUGUUAACCUCAAAGCUACUAAGAAGCCUCUCCAAAUCCUUAGUCCCAAGAUGAAGGAGAGCUUAGCUAAACAAAUUCCAUCCUCCCUUCCAAUCUCGCUCAAAUCCAUAGAGGAUUUCUGUGUGCCAGUUCAGCGACGGAAGAAGGGUACUAAUGCCCAGAACGAGGGGAAGGCGGAUGACAUUCCGAUGCAAGAAUGCCUCCUCAGUAGGGCAAACGAGAUUCAGACUCGGGAAGAGGAAGGGGAACCCCCUGGAAACGCUUCUAUUGAGACUCCUUGCUCCAACUGA